GCAGCGGAGCAGAGGAGAGGAGGAGGAGAGGGGAGGGGAGAAUUCGGAAGCCGCCAUCAUGCAGCGAAGUAUCAUGUCAUUUUUCCAGCCCAAGAAAGAAGGCAAAGUGAAGAAGCCAGAGGAGACAUCCAACAGCACCAGAGAAACAGAGUCCCCUCCAAAGGCGGCUCUGAAAGAGCGGAAUAGAAUGGUGCCUGAGGGCGACUCUCCAGUGAAGAGGCCAGGGAGGAAGGUGGCCCGGGUCUUGGGCAGCGAGGGGGAGGAGGAGGAGGAAGCCCCCUCACCCCUCAAAGGCCAGAAGCCUGCACCAGACUCUCCACAGAACUCCCCUCCCCAUCCUGUCACACUUCCCAAGAGCCCUUCCCUCUCCAACACCUCUCCAGCAGUCCUCUCCCCACCAGCGAUCCCAAAGCGUCGCACAGCCCGGAAGCAGGUUCCUAAACGGACAUUUCUGGAAGUCCUGGAAGAGCAGAGCAAGGACAAGGUCACAGAAGCCAAGAAGAAGAAGGAGGACAAAGCAGAACUAGAGACCCCAUUGGAAAGCCUCACGGAGCCUGAAGUGGGCAAAAAGGAGGAGGCAGAUGCGAAGGAGCAGCCCACGACGCCCCCCAGACCCCGAGAGACCCCCGAAGCCGAGCCCCCGACAGAAAGUGUUUGCAAGCCUGAGAUGGCAACGAAGCAGGGACCACAGGAGGACGGCCAGACACAGCCUCCCCGCCCAGCUGCCAAGACACUCAGCAGUUUCUUCUCCCCCCGAAAGCCGGCAGUCAAAAAGGAAGCUGAAGAAGAGGGACCUGGCUCUGUAAGAAAGGAGGCAGCCAAGGGACACCUGGACCCACCCAGCUACAACCCGGCCAAGAACAACUACCAUCCCAUUGAAGACGCCUGCUGGAAGCCAGGCCAGAAGGUCCCUUACCUGGCCGUGGCCCGGACCUUUGAGAAGAUCGAGGAGGUUUCUGCUCGGCUCCGCAUGGUGGAGACACUGAGCAACUUGCUGCGCUCCGUGGUGGCCCUGUCACCUCCAGACCUCCUCCCCGUCCUCUACCUCAGCCUCAACCGCCUGGGGCCGCCCCAGCAGGGCCUGGAGCUGGGCAUUGGUGACGGCAUCCUUCUCAAGGCAGUGGCCCAGGCCACAGGUCGGCAGCUGGAGUCGGUCCGGGCUGAGGCCACAGAGAAGGGCGACGUGGGGCUGGUGGCCGAGAGCAGCCGCAGCACGCAGAGACUCAUGCUGCCCCCGCCCGCCCUGACCGCCGCCGGCGUCUUCGCCAAGUUCCGGGACAUCGCCCAGCUGGCCGGCAAUGCAUCCACAACCAAGAAGAUGGACAUCAUCAAAGGCCUCUUUGUUGCCUGCCGCCACUCAGAAGCUCGGUUCAUCGCCAGAGCCCUGAGCGGACGCCUGCGCCUCGGACUGGCAGAGCAGUCAGUGCUGGCCGCCCUCGCCCAGGCCGUGAGCCUUACACCCCCUGGCCAAGAAUUCCCCCCGGCCGUGGUGGAUGCUGGGAAGGGCAAGACAGCAGAGGCCAGAAAGACGUGGCUGGAGGAGCAAGGCAUGAUGCUGAAACAGACGUUCUGCGAGGUGCCAGAUCUGGACCGGAUCGUCCCUGUGCUGCUGGCGCAUGGCCUGGAGCAGCUCCCGGAGCACUGCAGGCUGAGCCCAGGGAUCCCCCUGAAACCAAUGUUGGCCCACCCCACCCGGGGCGUCGGCGAGGUCCUGAAACGCUUCGAGGAGGCAGCUUUCACCUGCGAGUACAAAUACGAUGGACAGAGGGCCCAGAUCCACCUUCUGGAAGGUGGGGAGGUGAGGAUCUUCAGCAGGAAUCAGGAGGACAACACGGGAAGGUACCCCGACGUCAUCAGCCGCGUCCCGAAGAUUAAACUCCCAUCAGUCACAUCCUUCAUUCUGGACACUGAAGCCGUGGCUUGGGACCGGGAAAAGAAGCAGAUCCAGCCAUUCCAAGUGCUCACCACCCGCAAACGCAAGGAGGUGGACGCAGCGGAGAUCCAGGUGCAGGUGUGUUUGUACGCCUUCGACCUCAUCUACCUCAAUGGAGAGUCCCUGGUACGUGAGCCCCUCUCCCGACGCCGCCAGCUGCUCCGGGAGAACUUCGUGGAGACCGAGGGCGAGUUUGUCUUCGCCACCUCCCUGGACACCAAGGACACGGAGCAGAUCGCUGAGUUCCUGGAGCAGUCAGUGAAAGACUCAUGCGAGGGGCUGAUGGUGAAGACCCUGGACACCGAUGCCACCUACGAGAUCGCCAAGAGAUCACACAACUGGCUCAAGCUGAAGAAGGACUACCUUGAUGGCGUGGGCGACACCCUGGACCUCGUGGUGAUCGGCGCCUACCUGGGCCGGGGAAAGCGGGCCGGCCGGUACGGGGGCUUCUUGCUGGCCUCCUAUGACGAGGAGAGCGAGGAGCUGCAGGCCAUAUGCAAGCUGGGGACUGGCUUCAGUGACGAAGAGCUGGAAGAGCAUCACCAGAGCCUCCAGGCCCUGGUGCUGCCCGCCCCGCGCCCCUACGUCCGGGCAGAUGGCGCCGUGGCCCCCGACCACUGGCUGGACCCCAGCGCCGUGUGGGAGGUCAAGUGCGCUGACCUCUCCCUCUCCCCCAUCUACCCCGCUGCCCGGGGCCUGGUGGACGGCGAGAAGGGCAUCUCCCUGCGCUUCCCGCGGUUUCUGCGCGUCCGGGAGGACAAGAAGCCGGAGCAGGCCACCACCAGUGCGCAGGUGGCCUGUCUGUACAGGAAGCAAAGUCAGAUUCAGAACCAGCACGGCGCAGAGCCGGACUCCGAGCCAGAGGAUUUCUACUAGAUGCCUUCUGCUCUCCCGGGGGCAUGGGCGGCAGAGGCCGAGGGGACCCUGGGGCGUCGCCUCUGUGGCUAAGCACAUCUGGUGUUGCAGUCUGCGUGGGUUCCGAGAGUCUGGUACGGUCCCCAUCCUGUUGGGAGACGGUACAUGCCGGGACUUGUGUGAGACACCCACCUCUGCCACCUGCCAUCUGGUGACCAGGCCUGGCCUCUGAAUUGUCAGCGCAGUUUUCCAGACCUGACCCUGUGAGGGCAGGCAGUGGAUGCACUGGUUUUACUCAUCCUCACUUCCUUGGCCCAUAUAGCACCAUGCCUGGAGUGUGGUCAGGGCUGUUUUUCCUGAUCAAAAAGGAGAUCCAGUUGUGGCAGCCCUUCCUUGCUUCCUGCCCUGAUUGUGGGUAUGAUGGUGGGAGCUGGGGCUGCCACUUUGUGAUCAUAAGGAACAAGGCAGAGAGUCACAGAAAGGCUCCCUGAUGACCCUUAGUGAACUAAGGGCAGCAGCCACCUAGCUGGGCUUCUUGUCCCAGGGGUGGACUGGAGGUGGGAGAAUGACUAAAUCCCACUGGGACUGCACGACUGUAAACAUGCUUGCUUCUCAUAGCUGAAGCUGCAUCCUAACUGAUACAGCACGAGGGGCAAGUUAAUGUGCAUUUAUAUUAAGUUCAAAUAAAGCAUUUAAGGGAAAGUA